AAAAACAGUAAAUAAUAAAUACAUUGUAACUAACAGCUGAUCAGUCAAUCACUUGUGUGGACACACAUGUCUUCAUUAUACUCGCCGAUCAAAUAUUGUCAUCAAUGACAACAACAACAAUAACAUGAAACGAGUUGUACUACUCAAUAGAAAACAUCUGUUGGCCGCCACUCUGGGAUCAGCUUCGGUGAUAUCAACUGCCGCCUAUUUUGGCCGCAAUUCGUUGUCCAUAAAGUUGAAAACGUUUGGCCACAACAACAGCGAUAAUAGUACUUCUUCAUCGUCAACACAGCCGAUGACAACUGAUAUCAACAACAAUAACAACAACAACAGCAAUGACUACAUCUAUUUAGACAAAGACAUCAACAAUGAGAGUAGUAGUCAAAUGUUGGCCGAAUACUCGGAGGACGGCGUGCCGUCAGAUUCACGGACACAUUUGCAAUUGUUACGAUUGGCUCAAUACCGGCCACACGAUCGACUGCAAGUGACCGAAGUGGCCAUCUCUGCCAUUGCUAACACAAAUUUCAAUGACCAUCAGUAUCGGGAAAUUGCUCAGAGCUGUGAUUACGAGACCGCCCUACGACUGGCCCGUAUACCGGGUGUCAGUCCCAAACUAUUUAUGCCUCCACUCAAUACAUACUACUUUCAGACCAACCAAUCGGCGCCGAUCCACGACUUCGAACGAUUUUUGUUGAAUUUGUUCAAAAAUGCCCAGAAUUCUGGUCACCGAACCUCUGAUUGUACGAAAUUUUUUACCAAAUUGUCGAUCGAAAUGCUUGAAACAGGUUGUCAUUCGCGUCAAUUGGAAGAUAUGGUCGACUUUACUGAUAUUCAUCUUCAUUAUCAUCGGCGACGGUCGGCAUCAGAGGUCAAUUGGGUGUAUUUGCAGGCAAUUAGUCAAAAUAUUUUAUCAUCCGAUAAGCUCCAGUGCCAGACACUGGUCAACAACGGAUUGUUUUUAAUACUUCAUUACUUACGAAACAAUUUUACGGAAAAAGCGGUUCACGACUGGAUUGCACAGACGUUAGCCAAUUUGUCGGCUCAUCGAGAGUUUCACUCACAUUUCUGGACAACCAAUUGGUUUGGCGUUUUGGUCAAUUGGCUUCAUUCGAAUCGUUUGGAAUGGAGUCUACCGGCGGCUAAAGUUCUGCACAAUUUAAGUCAAGAAUUGGAUGACCACUUAUUGCCCGAAUCCAUAUAUCUAUUGCAUCCGAUAUUUCACGACACGCAACCCAAAGAUUUUGAUAUAAUACUGGUUCACGGCUUACUUGGCGGUGCUUUCAAGACAUGGCGACAGUGUGACAGCGAAAAACAAUACUCUCCUCAAUACACCCGAUGUUGGCCGCAGACAUGGCUGGCCAAUGACGUGGCCGACGUUCGACUAUUUGCUGUCAAUUAUCAAACAUUUUUGAGUAACUGGAAUAUCGAGUGCAAUGACGACAACAGUGUCACAACUCUGAAGCAACGAUCGGCACAAUUCUUGAACGAUUUGAUUUCCAGUCCUAUCGGCGAUAAGCCUAUCAUUUGGAUCACUCAUUCAAUGGGCGGUCUUAUAGUCAAACAAAUGUUGGUCGAUGUGUCCGAAAGCAACGAUCCGCGAAUGCGAUCGCUGUUGGAUCAGACAAAAGGCAUUGUCUUCUAUUCGGUACCGCAUAAGGGAACCGAAAUGGCUGUUUGGACGCCAUAUCUUCAGCGCAUUAUAUCGCCGUCCACUGAACUCUUGCAAUUGAGAAAAGAUUCACAAUUUUUGCUAUCAUUGCACACAAACUUCUUGAAGUUGAUUCGCGACAAACCCAUCGAAUGUCUGAGUUUUGGCGAAACUGUCAAAAGUUGUGUAAUUAAGCGUCCGUUCAAAUGGAGUCGUCUUUUAGUGCCCGAAGAAUCUGCAAAUCCCGGUGUCGGCGACUUUCAUCUUCUGGCUGUCGAUCACUUCAAUACAUGCAAACCAAAAGACAAGACCAGCGAUGCCUAUCACAGAGUCGUCUCAUUCAUCAAUCAUAUCAUUGAAACUAAUAGACCGCCAAAUGAUAGUAACAAUAGUUAUGAUAAAAUUAAUGUGUUAUUAAUGUCAAUAUUUGACUAAAUGUGUGAUAUUUGAUACCCUUUUUUAUAAUAAAAUAAAAAUAUUUAUGAUUUUUAAGGUUAUUUUAAUUCUAAAGCUGAGUGAAACUGAUUACAGUCACUGAGGACUGGUAUCAGUUGAUUAGUUUAAAAAAUAAUAAAUAUUUUGUAAAUGUUUUUUUUUAAUAAAUAAAAUACUAAUUUGU